AUGGCACCCAAUUUCGAAGAUCUGCGAGCCUUGCUCAAGGAGGGCGAUGUUCUCGUCCCUGGAGACGCGGGCUACGAUGAUAGCCUCAAGCGAUGGAGUGCCACAUCCGUCAAACCAGCUGCUGCGGUGGCCAGGCCCAAAAAUGCCAGCGAGGCCUCCGCCAUCGUCAAAUUUGCGACAAAGAACUCAGUCCCUCUGCAGGUCCGCGGAGGCGGGCACAACCCGUCCGGAGAGUCGUCAGCGGCGACCCCGGAGACCAUGAUCUUGGAUCUAGCCCACAUGCGCUCCGUCUCCGUGGACCCGUCGGCGCAGACGGUGACGUACGGCGGCGGGUGCACCUGGGAGGAUGUGGACAACGCAUUGUGGGAGCACAAGCUGGCGACCAUCGGCGGAACAGUGAGCCACACGGGGGUCGGGGGCCUCGUGCUCGGCGGAGGGUACGGGAUGCUCAGCGGGCGCCACGGCAUGGCCGUCGACGUCCUCGUGAGCUGUGAGGUCGUUCUGGCGAACGGAGACGUCGUCACGGCGUCUGAGGACGAGAACGCAGAUCUGUUCUGGGCGCUCAGAGGCGCGGGGUCGAGCUUCGGCGUCGUGACGCACUUCACGUCCCGCGCGUUCCCGCAGGGUGAAGUAUGGGGAGGGCUCAUGGCCUGGCCGUUCGACUUCCUGCCCCAGCUGGUGGACUUCGUCAACGAGUACCACGGGAAGAUAGAUGGGGACCAGUGGUUCAUGCCGAUGGUGAUGUGCGAUCGGGCAACCGGCGCAAGGCUCUGCGGCGCCUCCGUCUUCUACAACGGCAGCGCCGAGGAUGGGCAGGCUUUCUACAAGCCGCUGUUGGAUCUGCAGCCCAGGCUCAUGGAUACGACGGCGAAGAUCUCGUAUCCGGUCGUCAAUACGAUGACAAAUCCCAUGGCGACGCCGGGCCGACGAUACAUGUUCGGAGGAGCCAACUUCACGUGCCCGCUUGACCUCCAGACGAUGAAAGACGCUGCCGAGGAGUACUACAAUGGGGUGAACAAGCCUGGCAACGAGGAGAUCCGGACGAGUGCUUUUGCUCUAGAGGUCAUUCCUCAGGGCAAGAUCAUCGAGUACGGCAAGGAAGACAAGACCAGCUUUGCGGGACGCGCGGGCAAGUAUACGGUUGUGUUGAUCAUGUCAUGGGAUAACGAGGACCGCGAUCAGGAAGCGCGGGAUAUCGCGACCAAGGUCUCAGGCGUAUUCAAGGCCAAGUAUGGGAAACGUGAUGCAGAAGCCGAAGGCGCUGAUACGUAUUAUAAUUACCUGAACCCCGACGUCCCCACAGACAUGGCUGCGAUGAAGACCGGAAGGCUCUUUGGCAACAAGGCCCCGAGGCUGAGGGAGUUGAAGGCGAAGUACGACCCGACUAAUGUGUUUUUCAAGAACGUCAACCUCAUGCCCCUCGAGAACUGA